GGUGGAUGCGGAAACGUUCGUCUUACACAUUCUUCCAUUUACCAGCGGGAUGAGUUAAGAACGACUUGUCAAGUUUGUAUAGUUUCUUACUUCAUUUCAUAUAAGAGUUUGAGACAACAUCAAAUAUUCAUAAUCUUUACAACUUAAUUUUUACAAUAAUGGAUAGCUCUGAAAUGGAAAGUGAUGCGCAAAUUCUUGGAUUGAGUGAAGAUGAACAUGGAAACCAAAACAUCUCAUAUGAAGUUGACCCUGUUCUUGGAACAAAAAGAUUGCAUCUUGACAGUGAGUCAUCUGUGGAUAUUGAAGUAGGCAACUUUGGUGGAUUUAUGAUGGACAAGAGGAUUAAGUUGGAAAAUAACUCUGAGGACGAAAAUGAAGGCACUUCUGGGUUGAUGCGGACUGGCUGUGAGGAUUUGGGAGAUGACCCUGGAAUUAUGCUUGGAUCUACACCUCCUGAAGUAAUGGCUUCAAGUUCGUCAGAUUUGGUGUUUAACAACGAAACUGAAAACUCAGACGACGAUGCUUGUAUUCUUAUCCAUCACAUGGACAUCAAAGAGCCUCUGGCCAACUUGAAGAAAGCUCUGGAAGAAACUCACAGCAUUAAUUUGGAUGGAUAUGAGUUCUACCUCCAAGACACUACCUUGCUGGAAAACCACAAGAACCUGGUGGAGCAAUGCGUGCAAGGCUGUGGCACGGUGCAGGUCAACUUGGAGCUCAAGGUGGCAGAAGACGGCACUAAGAAGAUAAACAUCAUCGAUGUCCUCAAACCUUCCGACUCGUAUCUGUUGGCUACAGGGAACCCAGCCUUCAGCCCUGAUGUGCCAGAGGAGACAAACCAAACUCCAAUGUCUGAAGAAGAGGGGCCUUCCGACAAGAACCUCAUCCGCUGGGUAGUUGACAACAACUUCAAGGCCAGCCAACAAAGACUGAAGAUCCCUGAAGAUCCAAUGAAGUGGGAUGUACCACAUGUGCGACACUGGUUGCUCUGGGCCGUCCGUCAGUUCAACUUGACUGGCAUCAACCUGGCAGACUGGAAGAUUUCAGGAGCCAUGCUAUGUAACCUUACCCUUGAUGACUUCAAGGCUCGUGUCCCUUAUGAUCCAGCUGACAUCUUCUGGACACACUUGGAGCUCUUACGGCGAUGCAAGUUCGUCGCUGUAAUGCAGAAUCCUAAAGAAGUAAUUAUAAAUGAUGAAUCACCGAAGGACAAGGAAAACGAGACCGAUAAAAAUAUCAUGAGAGGCAGAGAGAAGAAGACCAAAACUGCUGUAAAAACUGCAGUUAUAAUGGAACAGAAUGCAUCACCCACGUCAAGUGCAUGGGCUCUAAGAUCUGGUUCAGGUAAUAAUGGCCAGGUACAGCUGUGGCAGUUCCUGUUGGACUUACUGACAGACAAGAACCACCGGGAGGUGAUCCAGUGGCUGGGAGCGGAGGGGGAGUUCAAACUGAUGAAUCCGGAGAGGGUAGCCCACCUGUGGGGUCUGCGGAAGAACAAACCGAGCAUGAACUACGAAAAACUGAGCCGAGCACUACGCUACUACUAUGACGGAGACAUGAUUGCCAAGGUUCAUGGCAAAAGGUUUGUUUACAAGUUUGUGUGUGACUUAAAGCAGCUUCUGGGCUACUCAGCAUUUGAACUGAAUCGCCUCGUCAUAGAAGCAGAAAUGAGAUCACAGAAUGCUGCACAUGACCCUCUCCAACACAGUAUUUUUGGAAAUAGAAAUAUUAGUCAACUAUAAAAAUAUGUAAAAACAUUUUUGUAAAAAUAUAUUUUUAACGAAA